AUGAUACAACAAAUAUUGUUAAACUUGAUGUUAUUUCUCAUCAUCGGCUUAAUAUUUCAUCCUGGUAAUGGUGAACAUUAUACGCACGAAAAUGAAUUCAAUAUGGAACAACAUAAUAAAGGAGAUUUAUACAUUGGAGGACUCUUUCCUGUGCAUUCUAUUGGUUGGGAUGCCAGUGGUGUUAUACCUGCCGUUGAAAUGGCUCUGGAAGACAUAAAUAAUCGAUCGGAUAUCCUAGCGGGCUACAAGCUUAAAUUACUAUGGAAAGAUACUCAGGGCAAGAAUCACGUAGGUUUAUCGGCAUACUACGACAUUCUUCGUAAGCCUCCAACCAAAGUUACAAUCUUGGGGCCUGGAUUUACGAAUAUAGCCACAAUGACGGCGGAGAAUUCCCAUUUUUAUAAUUUAGUGCAGGUAUCCUACUCAGCAGAGGGUGCUCGUUUAUCAGACAGAAAUCUCUUUCCUACGUUUUUUCGUACCUGCUAUAAUCCGAGUUCAUUCAGUUCACAAUUAGUAACCAUAUUACUUCAUUUCAACUGGACUGAAGUUGGCCUUCUUUAUGCGAAUAGUGACGAUUUUAGCCAUUCGGUAAAUUCAUUAAAGAAGAGCUUCUCUCAAGCUGGUAUCAAAAUUGCUAUUGCUGAAGACUUUGCUGCCGGUUCAUCUAUGGAACGAGAAGUUACUCGGAUUAAGGAAUCAAAAGUAAAUAUCAUUAUCGGUUUAUUCCAUGUUGAAGAUUCAUGGAAGGUAUUUUGCCAGGCUUUUAAGUUAGCCAUUUAUGGAUACGAUUACGCUUGGAUUAUUCCUAGUUGGCUGUCUAAAGAAUUUUGGAUAAAGUCUAACAACAUCCAAGGUGUAAAUUGCACCUAUGACCAAAUACUACAAGCAUCACAAUAUUCCCUUGCCAUUGAUCAUUCAAAGAGCAAUGUACUAAAUAGAUCGACAGUAUCGGGCAUGACUCCAUUAAUGUUUCGGCGACGAUACCAAGAGCGACUUCAAACUAAUAAUUACACUUGCCGAAUAAAUCCUUAUGCUGGGUUUGGUUACGAUGCUGUGUGGGCAGUUGCACUAGCUUUAGAUAAUUCCAUUCAAGAAUUAAAAAUGUACAACAAGACUUUAACUGACUUUAGUUAUAACGAUUCAGAGAUGGGUGGCAUAAUUUUACAUCAAAUGGGGCUAAUCGAGUUUGAAGGAGUAACAAAUUAUAUUAAGUUUGAUAAGUUUGGAAAUGUUCAGCCACGUAAGACCUAUUUAAAGCAGUUACAAGGUGGAGAAUUACAAAUUGUCGGCAUUAUUUUAGCUAAUUCUAACCGAAUUAGCUAUCAGAGUCCCCAAGUAUCUCCGUUGAUAUGGCCAGAUGACCACACUCCGGUUGCAAAAUAUCGUUUUGUCCUCAUCAAUAUUGGAAUUUCCCCAAUACAGUUUUAUUUUAUGACAGUCUUAGCGGUAACUGGUAUUUUACUCUCCACGACAUUAAUUAUGUGUAAUUUCAAAUUUAGGCAGGAAAGAAAUGUCAAAAUGUCAAGUCCGAAGUUAAAUUAUCUUGUUCUACUUGGUUGUAUAAUUUUAUACAUUGCUGUUAUCGUCAUGGGUAUUGAUGGAAAAGAUUGGAUUACCAAACUUUGCAUGCUAACUCCGUGGUUUAUAUGCGUGGGUUUUACUUUAGCUGCUGGUGCACUCUUCACCAAGACUUAUCGAGUAUACAGGCUGUUGACAGCAAAGACUAAACUUCGAGCUGUAAGCAUUGCUAGAAUUUUUUCGUUCUUUAAGCUGAAAAAGCCAAUUCGAGACCACCAUUUAUACGCCAUCAUUUUCAUUCUGUUGGUCAUUGAAGCUGGUAUAUUAACUGCUUGGACAGUAGUUGACCCGUUGCAUUCAGAGAUAGCUUAUAAAGUUUUAGAUAUACCAAUAGCAGAAAGAGGCACACGUUAUUGUGGAUAUUAUUUUCAAUGCAAUUGUAAAUAUAAAACAUAUUGGUUUGUUACAACUAUAUCUCUCAAUGCCGUUAUACUUUUGUUUGGUGCUUUCUUGGCAUACGAGACAAGGAAUAUCAAGAUCACUUCAAUGAACGAUUCAAAAGAAAUUGCUAUAUGUAUUUAUAACAUUAUACUUUUGUGUGGUGUGGCCAUUGCGGUUUACAUAACGACGCCAAAACAUAGUGGCAUCACCUAUGGAAUAUCUGGAGGACUAAUUUUAUAUUGUACUACUUCUUCGCUGUGCAUUCUUUUCGUUCCUAAAAUUGUGAGAAAUUGUAAGUUAAUCAAGCGUCGUCGACCAAGUUGCAGUACUGAAGCUAGUUGUAAUACGAGUGUAAUGUUAUCAUACGACACAUUUCAAGAGAAAGAGAAUGAAAUUAGAAAACUCAAGCAAGAAGUUGAUCGAUUGCAAUCUACACUACAAGUACUGAACUGUACAGAUACCAAAAAAUACGACAGGAGUGAUCCUUCUGAGUAG